CAGGCGCCCCGUGGGUGAUUCUUUAGAUGAAAAUUUUAUAGUCUUUAGAUUAAAUUUUACUCAAAAGUUCAGCCCAGAGUUAGGUGCAAGGUUUGAGUGUAGAUCCCUGGGACUGUCUGUCCCUCAGGCUUGAGCCAUUUUCCAUUGUGGAAUAGUGAGAAAACCACAAGACACUAACCAAGUGAAGGGGAGUCCCCAAUUGUAUGUAAAAUAAAAACCAUCAGUCACUAUGGACAGUGGCAGAGUGGAGGGUGGGUCACUAUAGUUCAGGAGAAGGGAAAUUCCAUGGUCCUGCUGUGCACACCUCUGGGAUGGCUGUUGGAAUCCUCCAGAAAAAAACUUUUUUUUUUCUUUUAGAAUCCUGGCAGGACAGUGCAGUGCCUCCAGUCCAGCCCCUUGUUUUAUGAGUAAAGAUACUAAGGGAGGCAAAAAAAAAAAAAAAAAAGAAUAAAAAAGAAAAACAACAACAAAAACCACAAGGGAGGUUCACCUGGAGAGGGGAAGAGACUGGAACAUAAAUGACUGCACCCCAGUCCAGGGCUCCUGGGUGACCAGGGAAGGAAUGAGGAAGGAGCAAGUGUUCUCAUCCUCAGGCUGGAGCUCAGAACCAUCCAAGGAAGGGAAAUAAGUUGGUACCAUCUCUGUGCCCACCGUUCUGUAAACAGAAUUCUCUUCCUUCUUGCCCUGGUACUAGAGUUUGUUCAACUUUCCUCCUGCCCCGUAGCACUCCCAUCCUGGUCCUCCUUCCUAUCGGAUCACUCCUUCCAACACAACCACCCCUUAUUCCCAGGCCCCAGCCUUCAUUUUACCUGCCAGAUCUCCCAUUUCCCAGGGCCCACACAUUUGUUCUUUACUACUCUUGGAGGGUUCCUCCCUGCCCCCAGAAAGAUUUCUGCUGGAGUUUUCACUUCUUAGUGCUCUCCUCCAGGAGAUUUUUUUGAAACUUGGGGGAGCAAAUAGGCUUCAGUUCCCACACCUCCCCCAAUACCUUUUCCCUGUGAGGCCCCAACCUCAGUCUUCAGUGCCACAUACUUACUAGCAGGUUCUAGGUAAAGAGCAUACUGCUAAAAAGCUGUCUAGGUGAAGAGCACCCUACCCUCUCAUCUGUCGUCCUUAUUCAUCCCCAUCAGAUUGUUUAAGCUUAGGGGCCCCAAGGCAGCAAUCAGGGAGAAGCCUGCCUCUCCUGGGCUCAGGGCUGGACACAGAUUAUUCUGCAGGGGACCAGCUGGUAAGAAUUCCCCUGGGACAAAGCGUUGGUCAGCAGUGAUCUCAGCUGUGUCUGUGACACUCCCAUUCCAACCAGGGCCUGACGUCAACAGGAAGUAAGGCUGAUGCAAUGGAACCAGGGAGUUUGACAGAAAAAUGUUAAUUCAGAGCCCCAGCUGCCCUGGUCCAUACUCCACCCUUCCGACAAGAAUCCAGCCCCUGGAGGAGCGGGGAAUGGGCUGAGUGGUAGAGCAAAAAAUCUUUGGGCUAAACCUCCAGAUAGGAGGGAGGAAGUGCAGAAUCCUACCUGCUUGGCACUUGUGGGACCGGCUCUACCAGGAGGCAGAAUUGGAGCCUGGCCUGAAGCUGCCUUUUGUACAGCUUGGGUCAAGAUCAAAUGGCAUGUCACAGUGGUUUCCUCCCUACGUGUGAGACAUACAGGGCUGGCCCCAAAUCCCUCACCAGAGGGUGCUAACAUUGUAGAGGUUGCCCUUACCCUCAUACCCAUAGCUGGCUGGGCUCCUGGUGUGCACCAGUGCCACACCUCUUACCCUGUGGUCAUGGCCCUCUGCCGGGGCAGACUGGCAAAGUGGUCCCCCUUCUCCAGGACACCCCUGACCCCACCUAACUAGGGUGCUGGAAUCAGGAUGUGCAGUUGAAAGGUGCUUUUACUGUCAAUAAGAAUCCCACAUCUUUUCCUGGCCCCUGGCCUUGUAUCUUCAGUUGUCUUGGUUUUAAGGUAUCUUUAGGGCUCCACCCAGUGCUGAGGAGGCCCCAUGUAGGCAGCAUAAAGAAGCCAGAUGACUCUGCCUUUGCUGUGCCCAUCCAUUGCAUGCAAAACCAGGAGCAAUGGUGGGUUCUUCUCAUCAGGACUCAAGCUUUGUAGGCAGUUCCCAAAGGCUGCCCCAGAGGCUGUUUUUCAAAUUGGCCCACCCAAACUCACCUCCCCGUCUGUGACAUGCAUUGCAGUGGGAUGGGUUCUUUUAGGACCCUAUGUCCAUGCUGGCCCAUCUUUCAGGACGAACCUGUGGAGUGGGAGACACCUGACCUUUCUCAGGCUGAGAUUGAACAGAAGAUCAAGGAGUACAAUAGCCAGAUCAACAGCAACCUCUUCAUGAGCCUGAACAAGGAUGGCUCCUACACAGGCUUCAUCAAGGUUCAACUGAAGCUGGUGCGCCCUGUCUCAGUGCCCUCCAGCAAGAAGCCACCCUCCUUGCAGGAUGCCAGGCGGGGCCCAGGGCGGGGCACUGCUGUGAGGCGCCGUACCUCCUUCUACCUGCCCAAGGAUGCUGUCAAGCACCUGCAUGUGUUGUCACGCACGCGGGCACGUGAGGUCAUUGAGGCCCUACUUCGCAAAUUCUUGGUGGUGGAUGACCCCCGCAAGUUUGCCCUCUUUGAGCGGGCUGAACGCCAUGGCCAAGUGUACCUCCGGAAGCUGUCAGAUGAUGAGCAGCCCCUGCGGCUGCGGCUCCUUGCAGGGCCUAGCGAGAAGGCCCUAAGCUUUGUCCUCAAGGAGAAUGACUCUGGGGAGGUGAAUUGGCAUGCCUUCAGCCUGCCUGAGCUACACAACUUCCUGCGCAUCCUGCAGCGGGAGGAAGAGGAACACCUCCGCCAGAUCCUGCAAAAGUACUCCUAUUGCCGUCAGAAGAUCCAGGAGGCCCUGCACGCCUGCCCCCUGGGGUGACCUCUUGUACCCCCGGGGGAAAGGAGGAGAGUAGGCAGCGCCGAGGGCGUGCCGUGUGAGUGUGACAGGGCCCAUGUGGCCUGAAGAAUGAGUGUGCAUGGAGGUCGUCUCUUACUGGGGGAAUGAGCCCAGAGACAGCAAAGGAGCUGGCCCCCUGUGUCCACCCGUAGGUGUAGCAGAGCAUGGCUCUGCACCCUUCUGCCCUUCGUGUAGUGGGUCAUGGUGGGCCAGGGUUGCCCCAGGAAGCUGCUCCAGGCUUGCAGCAGGGAUAGAGCAGAAUUAAGUCUCCUUAAUUCGUGUCUCAGAUACCAGAAUCUUGGGAGACCCCACAAACAGAAUAGGGUCAUGUUUGCAGGGAUAAGGGCCCUCCUCUAUGGGGAAAGGUCAUAUGUUUUGGGUCUCGGAUGGGGUGUCAGGACAGUCGGAGCCAAGGGCGGGUGUUCAAGAUAAGGCAGGCGUGGGGGAAGAGUCUAGGUUUCCCUCUACAGUGGCUUCUGACUCCUCACACACACUGGGGUCAGGGAAUGUUGGCUCAUGUUGCAGCAACAGUGCCUCAGUGCCUCCUCCAAGGAGGAUGUCCCUAGGCCAGGGUCUGUGUGAGUGUGGGCACUGGUCAGGUCUGUGCCUUCUUUGCCAAUCAAAGCGAGGGUCUUUCCCUCAGUUAUUUUUGAUGAUGUGUGCGAAUGUAUGAUAUAUUUCGUGGCCUCAGCUGCAUGCCUCCUGUGGGGAAGGGGGUGGGGGUGACAGUCAUCAUCAGGGCCUGGGGCCUGAGAGAAUUGGCUGAAUAAAGAUUUAAGAAUUCUG